CCCCUCCUCAAAAAAAAAGAAAAAAAAAGAGAAACAUGCAGUUUAUUGUAGAAACUCACUAAAUUGUUCUUUUUUUUUAAAUUUUAAUUUGACCACAUUACAUAAUCACUUAGAAGAUAAUCAUUGACGUGACUGUAUUAUCUAUAUCUAUAUCUAUAUCUCUACAUACAUAGAAGAUAGUGACAAUAUUGUUCAAUGAAUCAAAAUAUCAUCUUAUUAUUAUUAUCCAUUAUAAUCUAUUAUCAUUUAUUUGUUGAUUUCACUUAUGGUAUAAAAAGUCAUAUAUGCAGUAAAUACAAUGGAAAACCGGUAUGUUGUCCAGGUUGGAGAAAUGGUAUUGGAGCACCAUGUAUAAUACCUGUUUGUGCCGGUAAUUGUGGUGAACGUGGUGAAUGUAUCAAACCAAACACUUGUAUUUGUUCUGAUCGACGUCUUCGUUUCAGUUGUAAAGAAGAGGAUAUUGAUGAAGAAUCAGAUACAAUGCAACUUGAUCAAGCUGAAAAUCAGUGUCCGGAUAAUUGUAAUGAACGUGGAACAUGUGAAAAUGGAGCAUGUAUUUGUCGAACAGGAUAUAGUGGGUUAAAAUGUGAAAUUAAACUAACAGGUGCUUGUUACAUAUCAUUGAAACGUGGAUUAUGUGUUAAUCCAAUGCAAUAUAGAAUAUCUCAAUAUGAUUAUGAAGCUAUUCCAUUAACUCAUGAAGUAUGUUGUAAUGCAUUAGGAAUUGCAUGGGGUGAACCAUGUCAAAUUUGUCGAAGUACACAUUGUAGAAAAGGAUAUGAACAAAUUGAUGGAGUAUGUAAAGAUAUUAAUGAAUGUGAAGUGGAUGGAGUUUGUCAACGAGGUCAGUGUAUCAAUGAAGAAGGAUCAUACAAAUGUAAUUGCCCAGAAAAUACACAUUUUGAUAAAUCAACAUUAGAUUGUGUUUACACAUUAAAAAUGCCAUGUGAGUCAGAUCCUCACAGAUGUCAUAACGGAGGAAAAUGUAUAGAUCUACCAAGUGGUGAUUACAAGUGUAUAUGUCCGUGGGGAACUAGAACUUCACAAGAUAGAAAAUCCUGCAUAGAAGAUAAAGAAUUUCAUUUUGAUAUAUGUCAAUUAUAUAAAUCAUCUGUAUGUAAAAAUGGUCAAUGUAUACCACGUGGGAAUACAUAUGAAUGUAUAUGUAAUGAAGGUUUUGAACCGUCAGAAGAUCGUAAAACAUGUCAAUAUAAAGUUGAUAUUUGUUCUGUUCAUCGAGGAUAUUUAUGUACUAAUGGACAUUGUAUACCAGCUGGUCGUGAUUUCUUUUGUGAAUGUAAUCCCGGUUUCACUUUAUCCUAUGAUCGUAGAAGAUGUAUGAGUAAAUGUGAAGAAUUAGGACCAAGUAUUUGUCCAAAUGGUUAUUGUAUUGCUUUGUCAAAUGGUGAUUAUGAAUGUCAAUGUGAAUUAGGUUAUCAAAGUACACCGGAUCAUAAAAAAUGUAUCAUGCAAAUGGAAGAACCUAAUUCAAAUGUACAUUUUGCAAAAUCUGUUCAAUAUUACAAAAAUAGUUACUAUGGUAACAAAGAAAAUGAACCUUAUGAAAAUCCAAUAGAAAUGAAUAAACCACAAUUACAAAUUGAUCAUUCUGAAGUUGAUGAUGAAAAGCCUUAUAACUGGUGGCAAAGUGACAGUUUAUCAAAGAAACAACAUAAAUCCUAUUCACAGUAUAAACAACAAGACUCAUCAGAUGUAUUAUAUAAAAAACCUAAACUAUUGCAUUUACGCGGAACAAGUCUUCGAUCAACACCAUGUGGUCAAGAUGAUAUUGUAAAGAAAUGCAAUGGAGGAAUUUGUUUAAAUCUUGGUGGUGAUGGAUAUAUUUGUGAAUGUCUACCUGGAUAUUUAGCAAUUAAUGGAGGGCGUGCCUGUGUAAAACAUAAAGAAGGAGCAGACAGUGUAUUGCAAAAUGAUGAAAGUGUUGAAGAUAUCAGAAAAUCUUUUCAUCCAGUAAACAUUAAACAAUAUAAUUAUAUAAACCAUUUACAGAAAGAUUCCAACACACAAUUAUAUAAAUAUCAAUCACCAUGUAGUCGGAAUGAUGUGCUAAACAAAUGUGAAUGGGGUACAUGUUUGAAUCUUGGUAGAAAUUCUUAUAAAUGUGAUUGUUUACCAGAAUAUCAAUUUACACAAACAGAAGGUUGUAUUCGUAAAAUUCAUAAAGAUUCUUCACAAUUACAAAAUAAAUCAACAUCAUUACAUAAUACAACAAUUUUUUAA